AUUGAUUUUUUUCAUGUGUUAUUAACUGUUGCUACUGUUCUACAAAUACCAAAUUUAUCCUGAUAGCAUUUUACUUACUAGCCACCAGCAAAAAUGGACGGGAUGUCUAUGCCAUCAUCUAUAGAGUCUUCGGUCUCAUCUACAAUACAAUCAACGUUUAGCUCCGCCAUGCCGACCUCCACGACAAGCACAGGAGGUGUAGAUAGCAUGGGUGGUAUGGAAUCGCAAAUGGGGGAAUGUAAGAUCUCUAUGCUUUGGAAUUGGGAAACCAUUGACGCCUGCUUCCUCUCGGAAACCUGGCAAGUCAAGUCCCGCGGCGGAUUUGCAGGCCUGUGUAUUGGAGCUGUGCUGCUCGUGAUUCUGCUCGAGUUUUUACGCCGCGCCUCUAGGAUCUACGACCAACACUUGAUCCGCCAGCACAUAAGGGCCACGAGCGCCCUCGCCGCGACGACCGUGAACAACUCCUCGGAUACCACCAACGGGGCUCUCAUAGCAAAAGAAGGCACCACGGCCCUCGUCCGUGUCACACCGUUUAGGCCGAAGCUCUGGCAACAGGCCAUCCGCGCUUCGCUACAUACGCUUCAUUUUGCUCUGGCUUAUUGGAUCAUGCUGCUUGCUAUGUACUAUAACGGAUACGUAAUCAUCUGCAUCAUCCUCGGCGCUUUCAUAGGGUUCUUCAUACUACAAUGGGAACAUAUAGACCCUCGGGGUGGUGGUGUAGCUAGCUUUAAUGGUGGAAAAUGCGCCACUGGCUGUCAUGGUUAAAUCCUACCGAAGUGAUACGAACGAGAUCGGUGUAAUACUAGAGGACUAAAAUUAGGGUAUGGGAGUAUUCUGUUAGAAUAUCAGAAGGUGGACUUCCGGAAUACAUAAUAACGCAGGCUUGGGGUUUAAUGCAGACUAAGUAGAGGUAUAUAUGUACGAUAAAGGACCGUUUACGUCGCAUAAUAAGUAUACGUUUAUUCUAACAUCUAAACGGAUAUACCAAAGUUGGCGUUAUCCGAAGUGAU